AUGAUGAAAGACACUGUUUUCAUCGAUACACCGCAGGGGAUCAAGGACCUAGUGGACUGGGUGGCCUUCCAAGACACUUGCAUGGGAGACUCGCAACCCCCCUUAUACAUCGAUAUCGAGGGAGAACGUCUUAGCCGGAACGGAAAGUUGACAUUCUUGACCGUGCUGGUUUACCCCGGGAAAGGUCUUGAGCGUCCUCAUAUAAUCGACAUUCACACACUUGGAAGCACUGCCUUUUCUACGACCGGCACGCGUGCUAAGAGUCUGAAAGAUAUUCUAGAGUCGCCAAAGUUUCUGAAAGUAUUUUUCGAUGUCAGGAAUGAUUCAGACGCUCUCUAUGCUCAUUAUGGAAUUGAACUACAUGGCGUCCGGGAUGUUCAGCUGAUGGAAAGCGCCGCGCAGCCUACUACAAGUGAUCGAAAGUUCCUAAAUGAACUUUCGAGAUGCAUCGAAGAUCUCCUGUGCGGGCCAGAAAAACAAGAGUGGAUGCGAUGUAAGGAAAGGAGCGACGAUUUGUGGAAUCCUGCAAAAGGAGGCUCAUACAGUGUGUUCAAUGCUCGGCCGCUCUCGAACGAGAUAUUUUCAUACUGUGUUGGUGAUGUACAGCACCUUCCAGCUUUAUAUCACAAAUACCGAUGUGGAACGGAUCGGUGGCAGAAGUUGAUCGCAGAGGAGUCUCAGAAACGAGUAUCAGAAUCGCAACAGGUUGAUUACAAUCCUCAAGGAGAAGGAAGGGCACUGAGCCCCUGGAGUGCUGAACAAAACACAAUGCUUGACUUUUGGAGUGAGGUUCCUAAGCCAAAGGACUAUUUUUCUUUUGACGGCCUCAGCGAUUUUGAAGAAGACGCUUGGGAGUUUGAUGGAUAUUCUGGGGAUGAGAAUGAUUACGAGGAUAGGAAUAGAGCACCUUGGCAGGGUACUCCAUCUUAG